AGACACGUCGACGUCAGCGCGCCCCCAGCGGCUCCAGAGAGAAAAAAGGUCCGUGCUCUCGCUGUGACAGCUCAGAGCUGUCCACGUCAACACACCGAGCGGCCGCAGCCAUGGACUCCACGUCUCCGGAACCCUCUCUGUACACUGUGAAGGCUGUCUUCAUCCUGGACAACGAUGGAACAAGACUCUUAUCCAAGUACUAUGACCCGGAGCUGUACCCAACUAUGAAGGAACAGAAAAACUUUGAGAGGAACGUUUUCAACAAGACGCACAAAGCCGACAAUGAGAUUGCCUUCCUGGAGGGUAUGACCAUCGUGUACAAGAGCAGCAUCGACCUGUUCUUCUAUGUGGUGGGCAGUGCGCAGGAGAACGAGCUGAUGCUGAUGUCGGUGCUUAACUGUCUGUUCGACUCCCUCAGCCAGAUCCUCAGGAAAAACGUGGAGCGGCGUUGUCUGCUGGACAACAUGGAGGGCGUGUUUCUGGUGGUGGACGAGAUCAUCGACGGAGGAGUGAUUCUGGAAUGUGAUCCACAGCAGGUUCUACAGAAGGUCAACUACAGACAAGUGACGGAGUCGGGCUAUGGCUUCGUGCUGUUUGACUACAUCACCGGCAGUGUGGAGGGGCAGAGCGAGAGGAGCCAGCUGCUGCAGACGACAACCCGUUAUCAGAACAGAGCGUUACACAGGUUUUGCAGUCAGCCAAGGAGCAGAUCAAGUGGUCCAUCUUGAAAUGAUUUUUGCCACGUUUUCUUUUGAGUGUUUUUGUUACGUUACACAUGAAGAAAUCUUCGUAAUUAAUAAUACUUUUCUGUACAUGUAUUUAUUUAUGUGUUUGAAGAAUUCUUUGUUACACUUUGCUAUAGAUACAUUUUACCCCAAAGCGUCAAGUGCACUGAAAUUGUUCGCAAGAAAAAUAAUUUAUUUUGUGUCAAUUAUGAAAAUGAGUUACAAAAUGUAGCAUCACAUGUUUAUCAGAGUAGAAAUGAAGUUUUGAAUGUUACGAGAGCAGCUUUUGCACUGUUAGCUAGUUAGCAUCCUACAAAGACGUAAGCUUUAUACGAUUUAAAGCCAGUUGUGUUUUUGAAUUUUUUCUAUAAACGCCAAAGAUUAAUAUUUUGUUUACAUUUUGCUGAAAUUCUAAUCUGGACUUUUAACGGCUGUUUUGUCUAAAUAUAGCUAAAAUAAA